AUGAUUCUAAAGUAUUUGAUAGGCAGCCUUUCCUUCGCAGCUUAUUUUGGUGAUAUUGGAAAACUGUGGUGUGUUUCGUUCAAACCCCACGGGUUCAGUCAAGGAUUACUCAAAAAGCAAAAGGUCGAAUUAACGCAUUGUAACGACUUGGGAUACUGGAUUGGAAAAGUCAUGGACCAAGAUAUCGAGCAAAGCUUACGGUCACUCUUAAGUGAUGAACAUUUAGAUCGUGAUUCCCCCGAUUUGUGGUCAGAUCCAUCUUUUGGAUAUAACGUCAAAUUUAGUCCGGCACCAUCUGCUGUUGCCACACCUGGUUCCAGUAAAUGGCAAGACGAAUCACAAAACGAUCGAGAAAUACUAAUUCAAGAACUUGCUAGCCUUACCAAAGAAGAAGUAUUGAAAAAAGUCCGUGACUUGCAGAAUUUUGCUUAUCAAUUAGGCUCAGAAGAAGGAAUCAAGGGUUAUCAUACCUUCAGUAAAACAGUGAUAAAACCACCAUUUCUAAACGAUAACUAG